GAAAGAUGUCAAAGACUGUUCUGCUGUUUAACGUUACUGAUAUUGAACUGGAGGAAGAUGCUGCUAAUUAUAAUACAAACAGACCUAAUAUUAUUGCUUACAUUUCAAUCGACAACCAACUUAUUGAUGCUGUAUGGAGAAAUAGGAUCGAAAUUCCCAUUUCCCCUAUAAAUCAAAUCCUUCAAAUCGUUCUAAGAGAAAAUAAUGAGGAACAAAGAAAAUUAGGAAGCCUUAGUAUUAGAGUAGAGCAGUUCUUGGAAUUGCAAGCCAAAAAGACAUACUCUCAUUGGGUUACACUUUUCGAUUAUAUUGAAGAUGAUGAGUAUGAUGGAGAUCUUGGAAUUGAUGAUGAUGAAAAACCAAGAGCGUACAUAAGGUAUGGACUUGAGAAUGCAAUUACUGAAUCAAAGAAACCCAAAGCAUUUACUACACAUGUUAGGAAAGCAAAAGAAGACAGAAAAGGAUCUUCGAAAAUAGUAACUACAACGAAGACAACAACAUAUUCGAUAAGUUCUGCAUCGAGAUUCAAGCAACAAAAUCAAGAAGAAUUGCAUGCUCCUGAGCCUGUUCCUGAGAGGCAAGUAAUUAUUCAACAAGAGGCGCCUCCACAGCAGACCCGUCAGGAAAAUAUAGAGAGGUACUCCGUUAGAAUCCUUGAGUGAGAUUUAAAAGCAGAUACAAAAGAACUAAUUCAUGAGCUGCAAGAUCAGCAGAAUGAUGUGCUGAAGCAACAGGAGUAUAGAAUGAAGACUCUUUCUAAUUUGGACAAACUUCAUAGAGAACUAACGGGAGAACAUAUCCAAGACCAAGUUUCCUAUUUCAAACUUCAAAGAAAUGAAAAAGAUAUCUUACUGGAUUAUGAAGUUAGGAAAGCAGCAGUUGGGGAGCACAUCAAAGUUCUAAAUAGCCAGAUUGAAAAUGUGGAUCUAGAGACCCAUCAAACACAAAAUGAGUACCAGCAAAGAUCCAAGACCAAUUCCUUGCUCGAAAACGAGGUCAAUAAAGCUGAAUAUGCAGAUUCUGGGGGUCUUUCUCAAGAAGCCAAGGAUCUGAGAAAAGAGAAUAACAGUCUUAGAAAUAAUACAUCAACAUUAGACUCUAAUCUGAAUAAUGAAAGAAAUAAUACAAAUGAUUUGAAGUCUAAGCAUGACCAAGCCAUAAAAGCCUAUAAUGAUACUCUUGAAAAAUAUAAUGAUUUGCUUCUCAAAGCUGAGGAAUCAAAGAAAUUGGCAGAUUCCCAGAGAAAUGGUGUACUCAGCGAUAUUUCUAAAGAAAAUUUAGUUGAUAUCUCAUUAUCAAAAAAGAAGGCUCUUACAAAUCAAUCAGUAUCCUCCCUUUCUGAGUUAGCUCUAAAAUUAAAGAGUCAGUUAAGCAAUUUAGAUCAUAAGUAUAAUGAAUUCAUGGAUAAACUUACCAAAGUAACUCAGGAGCAAGAGAGAGAAGUAGAAGAUUUACAGAAUCAGCUCUCAAAGAAUGGGGAGUCAGCACAUGACCUUAGUAAUAAUCUCAAGAAUCAAACAAAAGAAAUUGAGGAGCUUCACAAAGAGCUAGAUCAAGAAAAUGCUUCAAAUUUAAAUGGAAAACUGAGAAAAAUAAUUGAUGAGUUACUACUCGCAGAUAAUAAAAGAAAGGAUAUCCAAGACUGCCUUGAGAAUGCUCAAUCUACUUGGAGAGCAAAGCUUCAAUUGUUUACUGACGAAGCUAGCAGAAGAAGCAGAGAAGACGCCAGAGAGAAAAGAAUUCAUGAAAUUGAAAAACAUAUUUCGAAGAUUGACCAACUGACCAGAGAAAUUUAUAGUUUAGAAAACGAAGCAGACUGCAUUCAAACAAAAAUAUUCACGGACACUCAUAGAGACAUCCUCGAAGAAGAGCUCAGAAGAGAACUCGACAGUGUCAAGCUCAAGGCGAGAUGGGCCGAAGACGAAAGAGCUCAUUCUUACGAAGAACUUCAGGCGCUGCUUCAAACGUUGAGGGAAGUCGACAUCAGGGAAAUGCAAGAGUCUGAAAUCUCUGAGUUGAGGACCGAAGUAGACGAGGUUAGGAUUAUCUUGACUGAGAAAGCUCAACAAAUCAGAGAGCUCGAGACUGAGGUUACCAUCUGAGUUACUAAAAUUGAAGAAAUCACCUACCUCAUUGAACUAAAAAACCAAGAAAUUAGAGAGUUAAAUAUCAUACUUGAAGAAAAAUAACAGAAUCAUUAAGAACUUAAAUAAGCAACUCGGAAAAGCUACAAAAGCCAACUACGCUGCUGCAAGAGGAGAUGCAGUUGAUAAGAUGCUUGCUGAAUAUCUCAAUCAGUUUGGAACCAGAGUUCCGAUUAAAAGACUUGGAAAAGGAUUCUAUUUGUUUGGAACAAAGAAAAUCUAUGCAAAGAUCAUGAAUGGAAGAUUAGUUGUCAGAGUUGGAGGAGGAUAUAUGGUCAUUGAUGAAUUUGUUGCUACAUAUGAAGAGCCAGAACUUACAAAGCUAUAUAAGUUAGCCGAGAGAGAAGGCUUAGACAAUAUUUAAUGAUCUUGACAUUGAAGCUAUUACAGGAAUUUAUGCUGAGGGUGCGAAAUCCCCAGGUGGAAGAUCUCCUGGUGGAAGAUCUCCAAAAGGUGCUAAAGGAAAGAAAUCUCCAGGAAAAUCGCCAAAAGGACAAUCUUUUAGGACUAAAGCAAGCAGUUCUAUUAAUGGAACUCAGAGAAGUCCAAGAAUCUCAGCUGCAACUUUGAAAAAUGCUAGAAAGAUCUAA